GUCACGUUCGUCAGCCCUAGUUGGGUUAGGUUUUACGCUGGAAAUUCUAACGACAAAUUUUUUGUUUGACGAUUGAUGUUUUCCCCGUGCCGUGUCGAGCCGUGACCGAGCGACGCCGAGGUGUCCACGCAACGACGGUCGGCGGUUGUGUCUCGCAGAGCGCACGAUCGCGAGGGGUUCGCGGUAGUUCGGCGUAUAUGAGAAUUUUAAACGGAAAAUGAGUCGACAUGAAGGGGUUAGCUGUGAUUCCUGCUUGAAGGGAAAUUUUCGGGGUCGUAGAUACAAGUGCCUCGUAUGCUACGAUUAUGAUCUAUGUGCCAGCUGCUACGAGGGAGGUGCCAGUACCACUCGCCACCUCACAGAUCAUCCUAUGCAAUGCAUACUUACUAGAUCUGACUUUGAAUUAUACUAUGGUGGCGAAGGUGUGAGUGUGGAACAGCCCCAAUCCUUGACUUGUCCCUAUUGUACAAAAAUGGGCUUUACCGAGGCUACAUUACAAGAACACGUUGCUGCUGAUCAUCCGGAUACUUCAUUUGAAGUUGUUUGUCCAGUAUGUGCAGCAGUGCCAGGUGGAGAUCCUAACCAUGUGACUGAUGAUUUCGCUGGCCAUCUGACACUAGAGCAUCGUAGUGGGCCAAGGGACCUGAUCUCCUUUCUGGAUGAACCGACUGCAAGUAGACACGGCGUUAGACGGAUACCACAUCCAUCUAGAGCCGUUGGAGCGCCGCGUGGACGUAGGUCCAACAUGCAUUUCAGUUCAUCCGGAGGAUUGAGUCCAAGUAAUCGCGAAGGUAUAGAUCCAAUUGCGGAAUUGCUGUCUCAAUUGUCGGGAGUACGUAGAAGUGGAGGCGGAAGUGGGCAAAGUACAUCAGCACCUACGCAACUACAGCAAUUACAAAUGCAACUGCAAUUAGAACGACAACAAGUCCGGGCUGCUAGGCAACAACUUGAACGAUUACCCAGAAGGCAAACGCAAGUGAUCGGUUCUGUAAGCGGUGGCAGCGGGGGUGGCAGCGGGGGUGGCGGCGGUCAUACUACUACUAUGGGGACAACGAACAGUACGAGUAGUAAUAAUAACGCGACCAAUGCGGCCAACCCGUCCGGUGUGUCUUCUACUAAUUCACAGAAUAAUAUGUCCCUGUUACCCAGAUGCAUCAUAACCACGCCGUCUGACUCACAACUGCAAAGUAUUGAACGCGAGAGUGCAAACAGGAGCCUUUUUGCACGUGAACUUAUCGUCGGGACGCUUUCUCAAACAUUGUCAGAAUUGAUGCAGCAGCAAUGCGCUGUGCAAACACCGGCGUCGACUGCGACUACUGCCACGACCAGUCCUGAAACACCAAACGCCAAUACUUCCAUUGUCUCUACGAAGAAAUUGGGAGUGACUCAGGAAGCGAAGAGGGAACAAGCGACAAGUAAACACGUGACAUCACAGGCAUCUAUGCAACAAAAAGAAUCGCAUAUUCUGCAGGCUGCUGCUGCUACUGCUGCUACUACUACUGGCAGCGUAGGUUCAGGUCUGCAAAAUCAGGGCUUAGCCUCGAAUCCUAGUAGCAUUGCAACGCAAAAUCCACCUAUAGUUCAAACAUUGAUGCAUAGUGUAUUACCUCAGCCAUUGGUACUGCAGCAACCACUGCCGCCACCAAUUAGGAAUACUGGUACCGGAACUAUCAGGGAACCGAUAGCAGCUCCGGCGCCUGCUUACCUCAGAGGUGGAGUUGGCUCGGUCGGAGUGACAGGCUCUUCGCGUAGGAAGCCGGUUAGGGCAGUAGAUGGCAGAAACCAAUCUACGGAACCGCCACCCCCACACUAACCCCUCCUUAGCCCGUGUGUACCCAUCCUCCACCCUGAUUCCUCACACAGGAUCCCCUAGCACUAGUCCUAGCACUGUUUAGAACACCUCAUCAUUAUUGUUAUUAUUAUAAUAUUAUAUAUUAAUAAUUAUUCGAAACGCCCUCUCCUUUCCUUCUUCCUCCUCCUUCUCAUCCUCUUCAUCCUCGUCCUCAUCCUUUUGUGCCCUAAUGCUAUUACAACUCUCCCGAACUUUAAUCUCGCCAUUUUUGCUGUUACGUGACAUGGAACAAGGGCAAGGGCUGAUUCGCUAGCCGCUGCGGCAUAUUUGCGAAUAAUAAUGUACAUAACUCACACUUCUUGCAGUCAUGCUCGAAAUAUAUAGAGUUCGUUCGCGUGUACUACUCUUCUUUGAAUGAGUCUUGCCACGUUCUUCCACGCUGACACGUGCUACCACGAUACGGCGUUACCUUUUAUCCGCUGGAGAGCAGGUGUUUGCGAACCAACAAAAAUGUAUUGUAAAAAAAAAAAGAAAUUCCUACGAAGGCAAAGCGACAUUGGCGUUUAUUGUUCGAUUAUUAGAGGUAUCGAAGAAUAGUGCGAACUGGCAAGGGGAUUAAUCGGAUAUUUGGAUCAAUCUAUUGAUGUAAGAAUUCAGCAAUAUAGAGAUAUAUCUUGUGAUCCAAUGAUGGUGAUGUGUACGCGAAUAUAACUUUUUUCAUAUUGCAUUUUGUGUAUGUUAUACACGUUUACCGCCAUAACAUAAAAUGCGAGUGAUUUCAUUGGUCUACAUACCCGGUGCAAAUCGAACAAUCCGCCGCUAAUGUGCUAUGUGUUUGAAAACGAUACGCCUCCCCCUUUUUCAGAUAAAAAUACACGAAUGCAAAAUCAUGCCUGGGCUGGUCCGUAAUACUAACGCUUUUAAAUUGCUUUAACCUACAGAUAACUUCUCCGGCGCACUAAUAGUGGAAAAAAAAUGAUACACAAAACGAUUGUAGGGACGAAUGUCACGAAUGGUAUAACAAUGCAGAGCAACGUUACUGCAUAUUUUUCAGAUGACUACUUAGGUUAAUAAUUCUCGUUAUAAUAGACUCCUGUAUGCUUUACAAUCAAUAAAUCAUUGGUAUAAUGUACAAAAGAAAAA